GUGACAACAGGAAGGAGGAAUAACAACAGUGCGAGGAUGCUGCUGCUGUUUUGACACUUUUCCACUCUUCGUUUUUCAUUUGGAGAAAGCAACAGACAACAAUGACUUCUAUCAUAAAAGAAACACGAAGCAUAAAAGAAGCGGUGACUUUCAUCAAUGCGAUUGAUGUGAACAAGUUCUCCAGACUGAUCUCUCGCAUCAUACAAAAGCUUCAUCUGAAGGGAGAGCGGACGUUCAGUGAAGAAGAGGAGCAAAAACUUCAGGCUGCUCUCUCAUUGGAUAAACAGGCUCUCAAUCUAGUCCUGGAAACAGCUGCCUUCAUACUAGAGCAGGCAGUGUAUCAUAAUGUAAAGCCAGCCUCUCUGCAGCAGCAGCUGGAGGCGGUUCAUCUGAACCCAGACAAGGCCGAGGUUUUCUCUCAAACCUGGGCCACCGCUGGACCUGAGCUGGUGGAGAAGCUCAAGCACAACAUCUUUGCCCCAAAGAAGCUGGAGUAUGUCGGUUGGCAGUUGAACCUGCAGAUGGCCCAGUCCAGCCAAGCCAGACUGAAAUCUCCCAGUGCUGUCCUCCAACUGGGGCUCCUCAAUGAAGACUCUGAGGUUCAGGAAAAUGCCUUUGUUGAGUUUAAUCACCAGGAGCUGCUUGAGUUCUACAACAAGCUUGAAAUCGUACAAGGCCAGUUGGAUUCCUUGACUUGAUGCCUGGUGCUCUUUGUACAACCACACACAUGUUGUUAGUGUUUUUGCUAACAGCUAUACCAGCUGUUAGGAGCCUAGCAAUUCUACUCUUGCUCUGAUUUAUUAGACAAAAAUGUCAAAAUUUGCAAGCAGGAGUUUCUUUCCCUUUUUAGCUCAAUUUUAUCCGGGUUUGUGCUAAGAAUUUAGAGAGGUCGGUGUAAUAAAUCUCAUUGUGCUUUGAAUUUUUAUGUUCUCAUCAAGGAGAUGGUGGGAACAUUACCUUUUUCAAUAUAAAUAAUUUUCGUUACCCUACAGUAAGUAACUCAAUGUUUGAUUGUUCUAUAAAUUAGUUAUAAGGAGAUGUUUAAAUGUGGCAAUAGUCAGUGAUCUUACAAAUUCCUGCGUACCCAUAUAAAAAAGGCAGUGGAAAGAAAUUAAAAGUCAAAGUGUUAUUUUCACUUGAAACAAAUGAAUUUUGUAACUUGGAGAAUGAAUGCCAUCCUAAUAAAAUCUGAAUUGGAGGUGAAAUCCAUCCAAGCUGUUGUUAUUUAGUGAAGGCUCAUUAUUUCUCAUUGAGACCAACCUGGACUGCUGAUUCAACAGAUGGAAGUUCUGGGAGAUGCAGCGGACCUCCAGUGUGUGCGCGUGCGUACGUGUGUGUGCGUGUGUGCACGCAUGCACGUGUCUCUGUGUAGAUGGAUGCACGAAUAUGACCUUGUUCUUGCAUCUGUCCUUCCUUGUGUGUGUGUGCGUGUGAAUAUUUCCUCACAUCCCUUCCUUUGAAUGAAACCUUGAAAAGUUCCAAGAUUCCCAGGUGUUGUUCUCCUAUGCAGAUUUAGUAAAACCCAGCCCUAUCAGAUCUACCCAAUGGCUCUGCUCUGAAGUGGGCUUUAUAUUCCUUCUGAACUGCUUGUUGGAUGAUUAGAGCUUCAGUAUCCCCCUCCCCCCACACCUUUCUGACAUCAGACAAGGGGAGUCUGUGUCCAACCAUUACUGUUAUUUUUCGAAACUGAAGAUCUGAUCUUCACACUAUCUUCACAUUGUGUUUGGCCAGGGGAAGAAGAAUAUACUUUUGU